AUGACCAUAAAGAAAUCUCUGUCCCUUGUUUUGCUGCUUGUAUGGGCAACGUCAGUUUCUUCCAUCGAUGCUGCUGCUUCCUUGGAAUCCCAAGCUGAAGUGGAAGCUCUACUCAGGUGGAAAGCCAACCUAUUGCAAAGAGAAGCACUCAGUUCAUGGUCGUUACACCCCAAUGCCAAUGCUGCUACCAAUCAAGAUAGCUCUCCAUGCAACUGGACUGGAAUCUCAUGCAAUGUCGCCGGAAGAGUAACAGAAAUAAGCCUACAAUAUGCGGGUUUGCAAGGUAAACUUGAUAACUUGAGAUUCUCCUCCUUCCCCAACCUGGUCCAUGUCGUUCUUGACCACAAUGCACUCUUUGGAACCAUCCCAACUCAAAUUGGCACUCUUUCUGAAUUAAUCACCCUUGAGCUUUCUUCCAAUCAGUUUUCUGGUUCAAUUCCUAAAGAGAUAGGAGAGUUGAAGAAGCUGACGAUGGUAAACUUGUCAAAUAACCAUAUAACAGGUUCUAUCCCAUCAUCUUUAGGAAACUUGACUAAGCUCGUUAACUUAAUCAUAUCUGAUAAUCAGAUAUCUGGUUCAAUUCCUCAACAAGUAGGAAAUCUCAAAUUUCUGGAUCAGCUAGACGCAUCCACUAACCUGCUAAAUGGUUCCCUUCCUGCCACUCUCGGAAACAUGACCAACCUUCGCUUGUUAGUCCUCCGCAACAAUAAAAUUUCUGGCCCCAUCCCAAGUGAAAUAGCCAACCUUAAAAAACUGAUGCAGUUUCACGUGUGCAACAACAGUCUAACAGGUUCCAUUCCUUCUAAUCUAGGAAACAUGACCACACUCAAUAGCUUGCUGCUCUUUGAAAAUCACUUCCAUGGCUCAAUUCCUCCACAGAUAGGAAAUCUCUACCAAUUAGCUAAUCUAAGAUUGUUUGAUAACAACCUCACUGGUCCAAUUCCUCCAUCUCUGGGAAAUUUGAGUCACCUAACCUAUCUCUCCCUAUUUCAAAAUCAGCUCACUGGUCCAAUCCCUCCAUCUCUUGGAAAUCUGACAAGCCUAACUACACUUGUUCUCUUCGAUAAUCUGUUAUCUGGUUCAGUACCCCCAGAAAUCUCAAAUCUAACACGUUUGGAGAGGCUAUAUUUUGGUUACAACAACUUCACUGGUCACCUACCUCAUGUAUGCCAAAGCAUAUCAUUAACGCACUUCACUGCCCAUAACAACCAUUUCACUGGUCCCAUCCCUGAAAGCCUGAGAAACUGCACUACCUUAAUAAGAGUCCGGCUCGAGCAUAAUCGGCUCACGGGAAAUAUAUCCCAAGUUUUCGGAGUAUAUCCUAGUUUAGAGUACAUCGAUCUGAGUUAUAAUAAAUUGCAUGGUGAGCUGUCACCAAAAUGGGGACAAUGUCAAAACCUGACGCUGCUAAAAAUCUCUGAUAACAAUCUCACUGGUAGAAUUCCGCCACAGAUUGGGCAGCUAAGUCAGCUGCAAAAAAUCGACCUGUCUUCAAACAACCUACAAGGAAAGAUUCCUAGUAGCCUGGGGAGUUUGUCCAUGCUUUACAACUUGAGUUUGCAAAACAACCAAUUAUCUGGUUGGGUACCGGGUGAAAUUGGAAAACUAUCCAAUUAG